AUGCUGUUCACGAAUCCAAUGCAUGCCUCGUAUGAAGAAGCCUGCCACAAAUGGUACUCCGUUAACUUUACAGCUCAUAGCGAGACGCUUAGUGGGACUCUAUUCCUUCUGACCCAUAAUUCAGAAGGUACGAUGAUUCAGUGGAUCGCAGACAGCGGACUUGUGUCUGGCGACUAUACUUCGCCAAAAAUUCCCCUGUCAAACAUCUACCAGGUUGAGCGCCGGCGCUUGGCCAUUAGUCGUUACACCUGUAUCUUCAUCCGAACGCGUCCAGGUGAUGCCUACGGCCCCUUUGAGUUUGCCAAAGGUGGUUCACGUGAUUUUAUCGAAAAACUUCGAAAAUACAUUGAUCUUCAAGACUACUCUAGUUCUCCAAUGAACAUGAUCCAGGGUGUGGGCACGAAGCUGCUGAACGUUUUCGAUAGCCUCCGGCUUGGUGCCGACUCGGCUCUGAGUGGGACGGGCGGUUUCACACCAAGCGCUGCCUUUCGAGCCGAUGAUCGAUGCCGUCAUUCACCUGGGGCCGACGGUUUCCUCGAUCCCGAUCUUGCCGCGCAAAAGACGAUGAUGGACAAAAUUUAUGCUGAUAGGCUUCACCUUAUUGAUUCUCUCACAUCGACAACGGCUCCCGACGAUGCCGAUUACCAAAUUAUCUCUCACACUCCAAUUCCCCUGUCAAUUGCCAUCCCCGACCUAAUUCCUGUACGAAGAAAGCCUCCUCUUACUAUGGAGGAAUGGCAGCGUCACUUAGACCGUGACGGCCGUGUCACCGUGGUGGACAAGCUACAGGCCUCCAUCUACUAUGGCGGAAUUGACCCUAGCCUAAGACCUGUUGCAUGGAAGUACCUCUUUGGCUACUUAAAAUGGGAUUUCACAGCAGAAGAAAACGCGAAUAGAAUUGAAGAAAAACAUCGCCACUACCACAUCAUGAAGGCAUUUUGGAAAUCUAUGUCCCUCAAGCAAAUGAAGAAUUUUCGGGUCUUCCGGGAACGCAAAAGCAUCAUAGAAAAAGACACUUAUAGAACGGAUAGACAAACCGCAUUCUUUAAGGACAAUUCAUCUGGUGCUCUAACUCGCCUCUAUAACAUACUCAUGACUUACACAUUCUACAACCUUGACCUAGGUUAUUUUCAAGGAAUGAAUGAUCUAUUGGCAGUCAUCUUAACAGUCAUGGACAGUGAGGAGGACGCCUUCUGGUGCUUUGCUGGCCUUCUAGAGCGCAUUGUAGGUUCUCGCUUCACCCCCUUAGCUGGAAACAGGAGGUCACCUGAUAAUCACAUUUACCUUGAAUUUCGUUUGUACUUAUAG